UACCACCAAUUCUCAGUUUCAUCGUCGUACCGAAGACCCGAGCUCUUCGUCGAGACAGUCAUGGCCUCCAUGCAAGAGCAGAGAGACAGGGAAGCAGCAGAAGUAGCAAGACAGGCUGCGGAGGAGCUAGAGAAGAGCGCCGAUGAAGCUGCGGCGGCGCGGCGAGCGCAGGAAGAACUGGCCAAAGAGCCCGCCCAUCGACCUACCGGCAUACUUGGAGCCAUUCAGGGGGGCACGGCCUCUAUACUGAAGGCAGUGACUGGAAAGGCUCAAGAAACCACCGAGAAGGCGAAGGAGACUAAGGACGCAACGGCGGAGAAGGCGUCCGAGUACGCGGACUCCGCUGCCCAGAAGGCCAAAGAGACGAAGGACGCGACGGCGGAGACGGCGAGGGAGUACACAGACGCUGCUGCUCAGAAGGCAAAGGAUGCCAAGGAUAGCACCCUGGAGAAGGGGAGGGAGGUGAAGGAUUCUACAGCGCAGAAAAUGGAGGAGUACCGAGAGACUGCCAAGGAAAAGGCUGGAGAGACGAAGGAUGCCGUCGCCGGUAAGGUAGGCGCUUACAAGGAUACGGCGGCGGAGAAGGCGAGGGAGACGAAGGAUGCUGCGGCAGGGAAGAUGGAAGAAUACAAACAGAGGAUGGGAGAGUCGAAGGACGCAGCGGCGGAGAAGGUGCGGGAGUCGAAGGACGCAGCGGCGGAGAAGGCGCGAGAGUACAAGGACACCGCCGCUCAGAAGGCGCAGGAGUACAAGAAUGCCGCUAUCGGGACGAAAGAAGAAGCUAAAGAGAAGACGUCCGAGACUGCAGAAGCAGCCAAGGAAGGAGUCAAGGACACGCAUGAAAGGACGAGGCAGAAGAUGGAGGAACUCAAAAUAACAGGCAAGGAAUCACAGGAGGAGAUGGAACGGGACAGACAGAAGGGCAGGGAAGCUGCCAAGGAAGCAGAGGAGGAGAUGGGUCGCAGGACUCGCGAGCUCAAGGAAGGCGCUGAAGAGAGAACUGCGGAGGCUAAAGGCUCGAUAUUUAGCGCGAUUGGAGGCGUUGCAGGAGCCAUCAGGGAAAAGCUAACCGGUGGAAAGGAGGAAGCUGGUCAGGUCGGGAAGCGCGGCGACGAGGGAGAGGAGGCUGCCAUGGCGGCAAAGCCGGAUCAGCUGCGACCGGAGCAUAUACAUGGGGAAGUGCAGGAGGUGGCUGUGGUGGAGAAGGGUGGUGCCGGUGAAGGAUUGGUUCAUACCAUCGUCGAAGCUGCUAGAGAUGCAGUUGGUGGCCAGAAGACCACUGAGGAGAAGGUCCCUAAGAUGUGACCUUUCCUAGUUCCCCUCUCUCUCUAUCUCCCUCUAUCUCUCUUGCUGGAGAAGAGUCUGUCUGUGCAUAGUGUUUGUUUCUUGUAGAAGAGUUUUAUG